CCGUCCUCCAUAUCCUGUUACUAGUACAACAUUGUGCAUUGAUUGAGAGCAUCAUGCUUCAGUGAGCUGUGCUCUACAUCCUUCGCCCUAAAAGGGCUUCAUACAGCCCACGUUCCCGGAUCUCUGGCUGUGAGCACGGCUUUGAAUGUUUCCUUCAUGGUAGGUUUGAAAACAAGUCCUAUAUUAGGACAAGGGCAAAGCAAGUACGGCAAGAAAUGUUCGGGACAUCCAAUGAUCGACAGUCUUCCCUUUCGGAGGCUACGGCCCCAGAUAAGAAUCCGGACUUGGAGUUGCGCGUCAUACAAAUUAUGGUAAACAUGUAAGUACUGGAGUGGUUGAUACAGCCUGCGCACAGUGUUCAGCUCCAAGAUCUUCCAGGAUGGAGGCGUUACAAAGAGAAGAGCAUUCUCCCGGUCCUAUGGAGGAGCACGUCGAAGCCCACGGAUCUUCUCCCGCUGGUGAUUUCUCUUCACACCUAAUCCGCAUCGUUGAUGCCCUUCUGCAUACCGCACGCAAUGUCUCUCAAGCCUCAGGCCGCGACUGUAACCCAGGUGAAGGAGGGAGCAGUAAGUGCUCAAGAUGUUGAACUGCUAUCACAUCCUGCGCACUCACAGCUAUAUCCACGACUCGUCUCUGCGCAACAGAUGAGCAAGGCAGAUCUCCGUCUGGCAGGGAAGCGGGUCAGACGAAAAGUUGAUAUACGCCUGCUGGGCAUGGCAUGGCUUAUGUUGAUGUUCAACUAUUUUGAUCGGUGUAUCAUAGCCGCUGCCAGAGUUGUUGGUAUCCAAAAAUCACUGCAUAUGAAUUCAACACAGUACGGGACCGCCGUUGGCAUUCUUUAUGUUGGCUAUGUCUUGAUGCAGGUGCCGUCAAAUCUUAUUUUGACCAAGCUACGGCCUUCUAUAUAUCUUCCAUCGUGUAUGGCAAUCUGGGGUGUCAUUUCCGCAUGCUCUGGUCUGGUGCACAGUGCUUGGAGCCUCCAUCUGGUACGGUUCCUGCUCGGUUUUGUGGAAGCUCCGUUCACAGUGGGUGCUUUGUUCUUGGUUUCAUCCUGGUAUACCCGGUCUGAACUGGGCGUCCGAAGCGCGAUGCUGCUAUCAGCUCCUUUACUGGGCAAUGCAGUCUCAGGGCUCAUCGCGGCUGGAAUUACAGAUGCUCUUGAAGGAGCUGGAGGGUUUGAGGCAUGGAGAUGGAUGUUCAUCAUCGGAGGCGGUUCAACAAUCCUCAUCUCCAUUCUAGCAUUCUUUUCUCUGCCUGACUUCCCUUCCAAUACCCGGUGGUUGUCCUGCGAAGAGCGCGCAGUCGCAGAAUGGAUACUCAUUCUCGACGCCGGUCAAGUCGACGAGGAGGCCACGGAUUGGAAGCAUGGAGUUAAUACAGCGAGGAAGGAUCUCAGGGUAUAUGGCUUCGCGGCUAUGUACAUGCUGUUGUCGGUGGCAUCGUCACUACACAACUUCUUUCCGUCUGUCGUGCAGACUCUGGGCUUCCGCCGGAUGGACACUUUGCUCCUCACCGCACCGCCGUAUCUGGUGGCAAUAUUGGUGGCUAUCUACAACAACUGGUCGGCUGACCGCACCCGCAACUCAUCUUUUCAUGUGGCAUGGCCGCUUGCGGCGGCCAUCAUUGGGUUUAGCAUUUGCGCUGCAACUCUCAGCACUUGGGCAAGAUAUGUGGCCAUGAUUCUUAUGGUCGCUGGCGGUCACGGGGCCAAUGCAGUCGUGCUUGCUUGGGCUCAAAAGACCAUGAUCCGGCCGCGGAUCAAGCGUGCCUGCGCUUUGGCCUUCAUCAAUGCUACAGGUACUCUCGCACAGAUUCUCACGUCGUUCAUGUACCCAAGUCGAACCGCCCCUCGUUAUGUAAUCGCCAUGUCCGUGAAUUCGGCAACGGCACUGGGAGCGAUUUCACUCGCCUUCACAAUGCGCGUUAUCCUUCAGCGUGCCAAUAAAAAACUGGAUGCUGACAGCAAUGUGGAGGAAGCAAUGAGUAGUGAAGCGUCGUUUGCGAUUGAGGGUAUUCCUGAAGAUGAGAGACAGGCGGCAAGGAGGAGCUUCAGAUAUGUGACCUAGAGCCAGAGGUUCUUGUCGUUUCAAGGGGCUGUACGCUGCAGCAAGUCGAUCGGUUUGGGAAGCAAAAUUGCACUGACACCAGGGCAUUUAACUGCAAGAGGUCGAUGCGGCUAUUAAAGCUCAACGCUGUCCCUGUACUGUAUAGUCUAUUUAGCAGGUACAGUAACUGUCUAGGAAACAGCUACGGAACCGACUCCGUUGUAGAGAGGACAAGGCUGGGGAUUGCAGGAUGCCAUGACAUUUGCUUAUCUCCAGUACAGGCUUCAUAGUUCUUCCGAAUAAAUGGCUUCAAAACUAGUA